UUCUCUUGUAGAAAUAGCUUAACUGUUCAUGAACGUAUUCAUACAGGGGAGAAGCCAUAUCGCUGUAAUGUCUGUGACAAAUCUUUCUCUGACAGAGCUGCCUUUACUAGACACAAACGUAUACAUACAAGAGAGAAACCAUAUUGCUGUGAUAUUUGUGGUAAAUCAUUCUCUCAAAGUGGUCAAUUUACUAAUCAUAAGCAUGUUCAUACAGGAGAGAAACCAUAUCACUGUGGAAUCUGUAGUAAAUCAUUCUCUCAGACAAAUAGGUUAUCUACUCACAAAUGUAUCCAUACUGGAACAAAACCAAGUGACUGAUUAUGUUGUUAAGCAUUCUUACAUAGAAGUA